AUGUCAUUUCGUGGACGAGGCGGUGGUGGUAGAGGAGGUGGUGGAGGCAGAGGUGGUGGAUUUAGAGGAAAUAAUCGUGGAGGUGACAGAAAUAGAGGGUACGAUCAAGGUCCACCAGAAUCUGUAACAUCUUUAGGGCACUUUGAAUGGUCAGUCCAGGAUGAUCUUGUAGCUAAAGUAGAUAUUGAACAAGUUCCAUUUUUUAAUGCUCCAAUUUACACUGAAAAUAAACAACAAAUUGGAAAAAUUGACGAAAUAUUUGGCAAUAUUCGGGAUUAUUAUGUUUCAAUAAAACUUUCGGAAAACGUAAAGGCUUCAAGUUUUGAAAAAAAUUUUAAGUUAUUUAUCGAUCCAGCUAAAUUACUACCUCUUCAAAGAUUUUUACCAAAGCCACCAGGAUCAAUUGAGAAACGAGGUGGUCGUGGUGGUGGAGGACGAGGAGGUAGAGGUGGUAGUCGCGGUAAUAGUCGAGGAGGAAAUAGAGGAGGCGGUGGUGCUGGAGGAUUUGGUUUUGGUGGUCGUGGCUCUAGAGGCGGCGGUGGAGGUGGAUUCCGUGGACGUGGUGGAUUUGGGCGAGGUGGAAAUAGUCGUGGAGGAAGAGGAGGAGGAGGUGGAGGAGGAAGAUGGUGA